UUUGAAUUCCCUGGACAUGUUGUUACACCGUUCAGACUACUGAGCGGCUUUUCUGUUUAGAACGUUACGCCUUGGUGUCAUCGCUGCCUAUACUCUGAAACAUGGAUUUUCAGUCAAAAAUUUCCAAACCUAUUGAUAGAGUUCAGGUCGAAGGGAAGGUGUUCUUAAAAAUGAUCAAGCACUAUGAAGAAGAAUCUGUAUCUAGCCAAAAUUUUGUCAAUGGUGUAUUGUUAGGGCUUGCACAAGGCAGCCAACUUGAAAUCACGAAUUGCUUCCCAUUACCUAAGACUCAAGAAGAUGACCCAAACGCCAACGAGGCUCUGGUCACUUAUGAAGCUAAUAUGAUACGUAAUUUGAGACAACUACAAACAGAUUACCUUAAUGUAGGAUUUUAUCAAGCUGGUCCUGGAGGCGUCUCUAUUAACCGUGCUAACAUUGAAAACAUUUAUCAACGCCAAAUUAAUCUCCCUGAGUCUGUGUUGCUCACUUAUGACCCAACAAGAACUAGCAGAGGUCAAAUUGGUCUGAAAGCGUAUCGUCUGUCUGACGAUGUUCUUGCUGCAAGAUCCGAAGCGGAAGAUCGUUUUCGUCUGAUGGGCCACAAGGGUCCCGAGGUCCCAUGGGAAUGUGAAGCGGCAAGCAGUGUAGGUCGCAGCAGUUUCACUCGUGUUCUAGAAGAGAUACCGGUUGUGAUUCAUAAUUCACAUCUCGUAAACAUCCUUUUGACUGAAAUCGUUGAUAAUCAAGAACUGUCGCGAUCGGAGCUUUCUACAAAUUCAUCAAUGCUAGAUCUGGCCCCACCGCUUCCAAAAGACCAUCCUGGUCGUUAUUCUACUCUCAAUUUAAGCAUGGCCUCUAGUUUGGAACAACAACUACGUUCUCUUCUUGCGGGUCUAGAAACAGUACAUGAUUACCAGUAUUCAUAUCAACGUAGUCUCUCAAAAUCUCAAACUACGGUAGCUGGCAAGACUGCAACUGAAACACGUAAUCGGGAGUUGGCUCCAAUCCGUCUGGACACUGCGUUGGUUUCAGCUCAGCUUGAUUUCUACUGCAACAGUCUUGCUCAGAUGGCAGGUCAAACAAUAGGCAAAUUGAUGUUAACACAAGCUGUACAAAAAACAAGUUCAUCCGGAGCUCCUAAAUCUCAAAAAAUUUAAACUAUAUAAAGAUCUAAAUAACUUGUAUAACAUAAUAAACAAAAUGUUGUAUGUUAAUAUUUGUUUCAGUCUGUAUAAUUAUUCCUCCUGUGAUCUUGGUUAAAAGCCUUGCCAUUUAUUUC